AUGAGCCACGCCGUGGUGGACUUGAACUUACAUGGGACGGAAAGCAAAAUAGAGGAGACAAGAUGCUGGGUCGACGAUGACAGCAAGCAGAGCAAAAGUAUACAAGAAACAGCAGGCGCAAAUCCCUAUGAAGAGAGCGUGCCAGCGGCAUCCCUUCCAGUCUACCAGGUGGAGCUGGGCUUGGAAGAGAGGGGGUCCUCGGGACCCAUCUACGUACCUGCCUGGGCAGAAUACUGGAAGCAGAGCAGGAGAAAGUGGGAGGUGGGACCGGGCCAUGAAAGAAGCAAUGACCGUAUUGGCCGGCUUGACGACGAGAUUGAAUCAGCACCCCGGCUCGCAAGGCAUCUUAGCCUAGCCAACCCUGCCUGGCAUAGUUUUGAGUUUUCCAUUAGUUGA